AGUGGGCGGGGCAAGACACGGGCGUGGCCAAUGGGGUGGGGAGGUGGCUGGAGGGGGCGUGGCCUCGCUGACGCCAGCCCCGCCCAGACUGUUACAUCAUCGUGGGCGCCCAACGCGAUUCGCUGGGGCCGGGGGCGGCGGCCUCGGGCGUGGGCACCGCCCUCCUGCUGGAGCUCGCGCGGUUCUUCGCCGCCAUUGGCCGAGAGGGAUCCGCCCCCUGGACCCCCAGGGCGGCGCCUUCCCCUUCACGGCGGCCGCGGGGGUCCCGGCGCUGGAGCUGGCCUUCGACGAGGUGGCCGGUGGCGGCUCUUGGGCGGCCCUGGGGACACCCGAGGACACGCUGUCCCGGCUGGGGACGCGGCUGCGGGGCCGGCUGCCCGCGGUGGCGCGCGCCGUGUCCGUGGCCGGUGGUGGCUCUUGGGCGGCCCUGGGGACACCCGAGGACACGCUGUCCCGGCUGGGGACGCGGCUGCGGGGCCGGCUGCCCGCGGUGGCGCGCGCCGUGUCCGUGGCCGGUGGUGGCUCUUGGGCGGCCCUGGGGACACCCGAGGACACGCUGUCCCGGCUGGGGACGCGGCUGCGGGGCCGGCUGCCCGCGGUGGCGCGCGCCGUGUCCGUGGCCGGUGGUGGCUCUUGGGCGGCCCUGGGGACACCCGAGGACACGCUGUCCCGCCUGGGGACGCGGCUGCGGGGCCGGCUGCCCGCGGUGGCGCGCGCCGUGGCCGCCGUGGCCGCGCAGCUCCUGCUCCGGCUGGCCCACGAGCCCCGGCUGCCGCUGGAGCCGCGCGCGCUCGGGGACGCGCUGGUGCGGCAGCUGGGCCCGCUGCAGGCGCGGGGGCUGUCCCUGCAGUGCCUCUCCUCGGCCAGGGGGGGCGUGGUGCGCGCGGCGGCCGCGCUGCGUCGCGACAUGUCGGGGUCGGAGAGCGGCGACGAGCGCCUGAACCGCGGCUUCAACGCGCGCCUCAUGGCCGCCGAGGCGUCGCUGCUGUCCCCGUUCGUGUCCCCUCUGGUGUCCCCGUUCCGCCACGUCCUGCUGGGCCGGGGGGGGCACACGCUGGCGGCGCUGGUGGCCGAGCUGGGGACAGCGGGGACAGCGGGGGACAGGGAGGGGACACCAAGGGACAACUCGGGGACACGCAGGGAUGGCACAGGGACACGUGGGGACAAUGAGGGGACACCAAGGGACAGCGAGGGGACACGCGGGGGUGGCACGGGGACAGCAGGGGAUGGCACGGGGACAGGAGGGGACAGCAUGGGGACCUCGGAGACAGCAGGGGGCAGUGUGGGGACACGAGGGGACAACGAGGGGACAUCAGGGGACAACGCGGGGACACGAGGGGAUGGCACAGGGACACGAGGGGACAACGAGGGGACACGCGGGGAUGGCACAGGGACACCGGGGGCCAGUGUCCGGCUGCGGCUGGCGCUGCUGGCCUGGACCCUGCGCGGCACGGCCGGGGCGCUGGCCGGGGACAGCGGGGACACCGGGGACAUCGGGGACAUCGGGGGCGGCCUCGGGGACAGCGGGGACUGCGGGGACAUCGGGG